AGUUCUAGUUAGACCCAGAGAAGAAAGGAGAUCCAGGAAGUGCUAGGAUAGGAUCAUUAGGCCAUGGGGAGACCUCCUUGCUGCGAUAAGGUUGGUAUCAAGAAAGGACCUUGGACACCUGAAGAAGACAUCAUCUUAGUCUCUUAUAUCCAGGAACAUGGACCUGGUAACUGGAGAUCAGUUCCUACAAACACCGGCUUGUUGAGGUGCAGUAAAAGUUGCAGGCUUAGGUGGACUAAUUACCUAAGACCAGGAAUCAAGCGUGGGAACUUCACUCCUCAUGAAGAAGGGAUGAUAAUACAUCUACAAGCUUUAUUGGGUAACAAAUGGGCAGCGAUAGCUUCUUAUCUUCCACAGAGAACAGACAAUGAUAUCAAGAAUUACUGGAACACCCACUUGAAGAAGAAAAUUAAGAAAUUUCAAACAGCUUUGGAUCCUCAACUAGUAUCCAAUUCAACCAACCGUCACCUUGUUUCCAAGAGCUACAGCGACAAAAGGAACUUGGAUAUCAACAACCAUGUCUCACUUCUCAGGUUAAAUCAGAGCUCCACCUAUGCUUCAAGCACAGAGAACAUCUCAAGACUCCUAGAAGGAUGGAUGAGGUCUUCCCCAAAGUCCAAUAAUGGCAGAAAAGACCAAGAGAAACCUCACCAAAGCAGCAGCAGCAACAGCAAUACUAACAAAAACAACAAUAGCAAUAGCAACUCGGUGGCAGCAGCCCCUUUUCAAUGCAACCAGGCAAAAGUUGAGCAAGAAAACAACUGUGAUAUCAUUUCACACGAAGAGUUGGAGUCUCUUCUAUCCUUGGACAACCUGAACAACAUAUCGUGGGAGAAGUCAUCCUGUGACUCUACUCUUCAGGGUUCUCAAACCACUCCAACAGAUGAAACACUUGACUGCACCUCCGAGAGGGUGCAAAGAUUGGAGAAUCAGGCUCCAUUAUCUUUGCUUGAGAAAUGGCUCUUGGAUGAUUCCACUGGACAAAUGGAAGAAAUGAUGGAAGUGGAAUUGUCUCCAAUAUUCUGAGAUCCCAUCAUCUCAUCUGUUGCUCUCUAAUUUCUGCAUGAAUAAUGAAUUUCACCAAAGAGAGAGAGAGAGAGGAAAAAAAAAAAAAGGGUCAUUGCAUGAACAAUCAAAUGUUGAAUUAUUUGUUUGGGUUCUAGGAAGUUGAGAUUUCUCCAAAAAUGUAGGAUAAGUUAAUGGAUCGAUCUGUAUCACUGCAAUAAACCAUUUUACAUUUCUAUUUGAAUGUCAAAUAAUACGCAAAAUUAACCAA